AUGGAUGAUAAUGUGGAACCCAAAGAGAGUGGUAAAAGUUUGGAUGGUAGCAAGGAUGGAGGUGAUAGUAUCCAAAUUUUGGAUGUUAAUGUUGAUAAAAAAGACAUUGUAGUGCCCAACGUCGGGAUGAAAUUUGGAAAUGUUGAAGAAAUAUAUGAAUUCCAUAGAAGUUAUGCAGUAAAAACAGGUUUUGGGUGUAAAAUACGCUCAUUAAAAGAAGAUGAAGGGAUUUUAAGACAUGUAACUUACACUUGUGUUCGAGAAGGCAAGCAUAAACCAGUAUCAAAUACUUCAUUCGAGCUUGAUCCAACAACAAAAUGUGAAUGCAAAUCUAAGAUAACAACAUGCUUAGAUUUAGAUGAUAAAUGGAAGAUUACUGUUUUUGUUUCUGAGCAUACUCACAGGACCAGCCCAAAUAAAACUCGAUUCAUGGGAUGUAACAAAUUGAUUAAGAAAAAUGUCAAAAGAAAGAUCUUGAUUAAUUACAGAGCAGGAGUUAAGAUGGACAAAAACCUUAAUAUCCAAGCAGUUGAAGCAGGUGGACAAGAACACCUUAUAAAUGCUGAUAAAUAUCUUAGAAACAUGAUUACAAGAGAGAUUUAG